GAUUUUUCCCCUGCUUCAUCCACACAAGUCUUCACCGCCGGUCUCCUCCCACCAGAUCUACGCGUCGUGAACCAUCCGCCAUGGCGAUUCCACCGCGCCGUCACCUGCUGCUCCUCCUCCCACUCCUGCUCCUCGCCGUCGCCGCCGCACCCGCCGGCGCCGACGACCUGGUCGCGGAGCUCCAGUCCCUCCGCGCGCGGUCACCCUCCGGCGUGAUCCACCUCACCGACACCUCCGUCACCCGCUUCCUCUCCGCCCCGGUGCCGCGCCGCCCCUACUCCGUGCUUGUCUUCUUCGACGCCGCCUCGCUCCACUCCAAGCCCGACCUCCACCUCCCCCAGCUCCGCAACGAGUUCGCGCUCCUCUCCGCCUCCUUCCUCGCCCACAACCCCGGCUCCGGCGACCUCUUCUUUGCCGACAUCGAGUUCGCUGAGUCGCAGCACUCCUUCCACCAGUUCGGCGUCAACUCGCUCCCCCAUGUACGCCUCGUCCGCCCUGAGCACGACCGCCUCGCCGGAUCCGAGCAGAUGGACCAGUCCCACUUCGCCCGCCUCGCCGACUCCAUGGCCGAGUUCAUCGAGUCCCGCACGGGCCUCGAGGUCGGACCCAUCGUCCGCCCGCCAUUGCUCUCCCGCAACCAGAUCAUCCUGAUGGUCAUCCUCUUCUUGAUCUCCAUCCCGUUCAUGAUCAAGAGGGUCAUCGAAGGGGAGACGCUGCUCCAUGACCCCAGGGUUUGGAUGGCCGGGGCGCUCUUCGUCUACUUCUUCAGCGUGUCUGGGGGCAUGUACGGGAUCAUCAGGCACACGCCCAUGUUCCUUACCGACCGGUCGGAUCCCAACAAGCUCGUGUUCUUCUACCAGGGGUCCGGGAUGCAGCUUGGGGCCGAGGGGUUUGCGGUUGGGUUCUUGUACACACUCGUGGGUCUGAUGAUUGCUGCGGUGACACAUUUGUUGGUGAGGGUGGAGAGCUUGCGGACGCAGCGGUUGGCAAUGCUGGCUGUCAUGGCGAUUGGGUGGUGGGCAGUUAGGAAGGUGAUCUACUUGGAUAACUGGAAGACUGGGUACAGCAUUCAUACCUUCUGGCCAAGCAGCUGGAGGUGAAAUACUGGUUGCGAGGUAAUGAAUGCUUCUUUCCUUUGGUUUCAGAGUCUGUUAUUUUGAGGUCCUCGUAGAUGGUUAGUAUAAGGUAGUUCUCUUCAUGGAAGAUGCUGUGUGGUGCUGGGUGCGACUGAGAGGGUGGGAUGGAGCACGGCGCAUAAGAUGUGAUGAACUAAAACAAGGGCAGCAAAUGGAUGAGGGUUAUGUUGCAGUUUUCAGCAAAAGUCUACUUUCCAAAUUGUGCAAAGUAGCAGAACAGACGGUUAUUGAUGGAAUGGUAGAAACAGUAAAGAGUGAAAUUUAAUUGGUAUUAAACUGAAUAAGUUCAAUGCUAUUUUGAUAUAGUGGACAUUUAUCAGUUCUGCAUAGGCAUUAUUAUUAUUAUUAUUAUUAUUAUUAUUUUUGUAAGGGUCUGAUCAGAUAAAACAGUGGGGACUCUGCACAACCUGUUUUGACAUGUCUAAUAACUGGAUAGAGGGGUUUGUCUAAGCUAUUGGCUGAAAAGUGCUACGGAACCAACUGAUACUCUCUCUUAUACUAUUUAGUGACAUUUUCUUGCAAGUCAAAAUUGAGAGGAUCUAGUUUGUUGUCUAGGGGCAUGCAGCAGCACAGAAAACCACUUGAUUCCUGUACUGAUGCUGCAGGCGUAUGCAUUAUCAUGGUGCCCUUGUAGUUUGUAUAUAUGUGCAAUGUUGAUUUUAUGCUUUGUUUGUCUAGGAUCACUUUUGUCAUGUUCCUCAAAGACUUGUUGCGAAUAUUUUGCAAAGAUCAACAAGUUUUUAAAAUUUGAAAGAAUAUGUCAUAGUAGCUAAAAGAUUGUAAGUUAUAGUUGUGUGUAACAAUCUCUGGUUCAGGUGAAGCUUGUCUGCUGAGGUUGUGAGGUCACUUCUAUAUGUAUCCCUAUUCCCUCCAUCUGAAUGUUUGACUUUUUGUUGUGCUCCAACAAUUUGUGGUUCAGGUAGAAUGUGUUUGCUGAGGUCUGUUCUAUGUAUUUCCAUACUCUCUCCAGCCACAAGUUUUUUGAGUGUUCAAGGUUAAUGAGGUGGCACUUUGACAACUAAAAUUUAUAACUCAUGUUCAGAAAAGUGUUAUAAAUUUAUAACGCUAUGAGAUUAUUUCUUCUGGGAAAUCACUGUACAUUUUCACAUAUCAAAAUUACUUGUUCUAGAAAAUGCUCUUGCAAAAAAUUAAUCUGGUUUGACUGCAUGUUUCAAGAGUGUCACAUUUUAUUCUUGUGGAUGGAAGGUUUCAAAUCGUGAUUUUUGCGGUCUAGAAAAAAAGCUGUAGGAAAUAUUGCAGAAGCUAUUCUGCAUUUUUAAUUUUACUUCAAACCUUUUUGAGGCAUUUAAUUAAUAUUUAGUGUGGAGCUGUGGCCUAAAACUAAUGAAAAUGCUACCAUAACAUAAAGAUGAUUAUAUUACGAUUACAAAUAAAAUAUCAAGUAUUUUCAUUUCACAUUUCCUACUCUAUUGAAAAUCAUGAAAAAGUUGUAAUGAGAUGGUCUAAACAGUUGUUUCCUGUUAGGAAUAGCAACCUGUAUUUCAUGGAGGCCAUAAGCUAGUAUAUGUACAUAUACAGGUGAGCAAUAUGCAAAGAGCCCCCUUAUUGCAUGGGGAUACUACACGGCCACAAUAAAUGACAACAUAUCUCAACAUUUCCAACUUGCGGUGCCAUGCUUGGGCUGUAGUAUAAUAAGUUGAGUUGUUAAAUAAGAAUGGCUACUGUAUGUAAUAAUGCACUUCACAUACAGUUUUUCCCACCAUCCACGAAUCCUGCAAACGGAGGUUUGGAAAAACAAGUAUUGGGGGAGGAUAAAGGGCAAAAGCAUUUUAUAAUUAGAUGCAUGCUCUAUAGCCAUCUCCCUUUAGGUAUUACAGUGAUGUUUUGGCUUAACCUUUGGAAGCUCAAAAAAAAAAAAAGGAGCUGUAAAGUGUCCUGGUGAACAAUACGUGCAUCAGAUUUUAUCGCAGUUAAAAUAUGCGCUCGACUUGCAUUGUGGCUAUUAGUGUACGCCCUUAGUUAAAUACUUUGUGGACACUAUAUAUUGCAUGGGAGUCUUUACUACAUUUUUCAAUGUCAACUUAAAUGCUGCAGUAGCAUGUUUUUUUUUUUUUUGUACCGAGUGAUUUAUCGAAUUUUGAUCAAUUUUCGUGUUAUGACCAUAAAUGUAUGCCUGUUAGUGUGUGCAUGACCUACAAAAUGUGAACUCCCUCCGAUUAAAAAUGUAAAUUGUUUUAGGAUUCUUGCUAGUCUGACUUUUUUAGCUUUGACCAUCAAUAUAUAAAGAAUCACAUAGAUCAAUGACGAAAGUUCAGUCUCGCGAGAUUCAUCAAAAAAUUACUUCCAUAAAAUAUAAUUCUUUUAUUUGAAAUAGCACAUGUUCAUAGAAAUUGACAGUCGAAGUGUCACCUCGCAGACCGUAUCAAUGUGCUAAAUGACUUGUAUUUUG